GAGGCCCGCUUCUCAUAUAAACCCCCACCUGGCCGUUUCUCCUAGCAGGCCUAUUUUCACUACUGUGCUGAUCUGAUCUGAGAAAAGAAAACAAAAAUGUCUGGAAGAGGAAAGGGAGGCAAAGGGCUAGGAAAGGGGGGAGCGAAGAGGCACAGGAAGGUGUUGAGAGAUAACAUUCAGGGCAUCACUAAACCCGCCAUUCGCAGGCUUGCUCGUAGAGGAGGUGUCAAGCGUAUCAGUGGUCUCAUCUAUGAAGAAACCAGAGGCGUUCUCAAGAUCUUCCUUGAAAACGUGAUUCGCGACGCUGUUACUUAUACCGAACAUGCUCGAAGAAAGACCGUAACUGCCAUGGAUGUCGUCUAUGCUCUCAAGAGGCAGGGUCGUACCCUCUAUGGCUUUGGCGGCUGAUUUUGUGUUUUUCUUUCUUCCAUGUUAGAUUUAUGAUUCUGUUUCGAUUUUAAAUCAUUUCAGUUGUAAAUCAAGUGGAUGAUUUGAGUCUUUUAUCAAUUUGUUUCAAAAGGGUUUGGUUUACUAGCCUUUGUUUAACAAAUGCUAAGCCUAUAUGUGCAAAUUAUUAUUGAAAGAUCAGUUACAAAUCAGUUUAAUCUAAAUGGACAUCUCUGUUUUUGUU